AUGUCAUCAAUUAAACCAAUUGAUUCAACUUCAAUACAUAAAAUUUGUUCAGGUCAAGUAAUUCUUGACUUAGCAAUGGCUGCGAAAGAACUAGUUGAGAAUAGUUUAGAUGCAAAAGCAAAAACAAUUGAAAUAAGAUUCAAGGAGUAUGGUCUCCAAUCUAUAGAAGUAAUAGAUGAUGGAACUGGAAUACAUGAACAAAAUUAUGAAAGUCUUGCACUUAAGCAUCAUACAUCAAAACUUUCAAAUUUUGAGGAUUUGUUAGAUAUUGAAUCUUUUGGUUUUCGGGGUGAGGCUUUAAGUUCAUUGUGUGCUCUAUCAAAACUUACAGUAACUACAUGUACUGAAGAAAAUGUCCCAACAGGAGCAAAAUUAGAUAAGAGAGGAACAAGUAUAAUGCUUCAAAAUAUAUUUGAAUUACUUCCUGUAAGAUAUCAUGAUUUCAAGAAAAAUAUAAAGCGUGAAUUUGCAAAAACUUUAGUUUUGCUACAAGCUUAUGCUUUAAUCUGUGAAAAUAUUAGAAUCAUUUGCACAAACCAAUUAUUUGAUCAUUUGAUCACAUUGGAUUUGAAGAUUUCAUUUAAUAGCAAUAACAAAAAAAUAAAUAAGAUAUCUUCUGGAAAUUCAGAAAAUCAAAAUGAAGAUCUUAAAUAUAUAAAUAUUUUUGGUUAUAUUUCUAAACCUAUUAAAGGUUGUGGUCGUGGAUCUAAUGAUAGACAAUAUUUUUACAUUAAUGGGAGACCUUGUAAUUUACCAAAGAUUUCUAAAGCUUUCAAUGAAAUAUACAAGAGCUUUUACACAAAUCAAUGCCCAGUUAUAAUUGCUGAUUUCAAGCUUACAAAAUAUAAAAGGACAAUAUUUAUUCAUGAUGAAGAUGAAAUUAUUGAGAGUUUAAAGAAUGAAAUGAAUAAAUUAUUUGAACCAUUUCGAUCGACAUUUACUUGCUUUAAUGUUGGAAAAUUAGAAUUACCUAAGCAUGAUACUAAUGAAUCUGAUGCUACUUUACAUACAAAAAGGAGUAGUAGGAACUUUAAUAAUUAUUCACUAGAUGUCAAUGAUGAAACAACAUCUAAUACCAUUGACUUGGAUCAAAACAAAGAUGUUGAUUCUGAUUUACAAAAUAUUAUUAGAUGUGAUUCUAAUCUACAAAAUGUUAGAAAUAGUUCUAAUAGACCAAAGAUUAAUGUUGACUUUAAUUUUGAAACAUUCAAAUUGAAAAAAAAGAAAAAUUUUAUUUCAAAUUAUGAGUCAAAAGAAAUUAUUAAUCAAUCCAAAACUGAUAAUGAAAAUUAUUUAAAACAUGCAGGAAUUCUUGUUCGAGAUAAUGUAAUUGCUGAACAAGUAUUGGAAAAAGUUAUAACAAAAAAAGAUUUUUCAUUGAUGGAAAUAAUUGGGCAAUUUAACCGUGGAUUUAUUAUUACUAAACUUUGGAAUUCUGAUGAUGGCUUUGAUUUAUUUAUUAUUGAUCAGCAUGCAUCUGAUGAAAAAUAUAAUUUUGAAACUUUACAACUUCACACUAAAAUACAAACACAGCCACUAAUAAGUCCAAGAGCACUUCAACUGACAGCAACAGAAGAAUUAACAGCAACUGAAAAUCUUGAUAUAUUGCAAUCUAAUGGAUUUGAAUUACUAGUUGAUUUAGAUGCACCCCCAACUAAUAGAGUGAAGUUAAUAGCACAACCUAUCAUUAAGAAUAUGAUCUUUGAAAUUAAAGAUUUAGAAGAAUUGAUUCAUAUGCUGUCUGAAAAUCCAAGAACAUUAGUAAGAUGUUCUAAAGCAAAAAAAAUGUUUGCAUCCAAAGCCUGUCAUAAAUCUGUCAUGGUAGGUGAUGCUCUCAACAAACAACAAAUGACAAAGGUUUGGAAUUUAAUUCAGUACUGA